CUACCUCUUAUAGGAAAGAUUUACUCUCAAGCGGAUAGUGCUAUUAUAUGGUUAGGGGAAGAAGAGAACAAUAGCAACCUUGCAAUAGCUUUCCUCAGGAGGUGGCAUGCCGGUAUUCUCUCUGCUCAGAGGCUCGUUCCAGGACGAUUUUGA